ACCUUAUAUCCGCGUUAUAUAGCUAACUAAGUAGCUUGAGCCUGCUGGUGAAGUGCGGUUAUAAAACAAAAGGAUUGGCAAUGCUGGCCUCGAGCUGUAGCAGCAAACCUAACAACGGUCGCAGCUUACAGCUUUUACAGUAAACAAAUGCUAUGAUGAAAAACACUGCAUAGAAGUGUUGGUGUUGUGUUAAUGUCAGGAUAAGUGAGUGUACUUUCCACGUCAGUGAUGUGAGCGUUGGUGGUAUAGUGGUUAGCAUAGCUGCCUUCCAAGCAGUUGACCCGGGUUCGAUUCCCGGCCAACGCAAAGUUAUUUUUCAUUUAUGUGUCAACUUUAGAUUCUACUGUUAACAAUUGCAUAUUUAAAAUAUUUAAAAACGUGCGCACCCCCACGGUUUUCAUUUGGUGUCUGAAAAAACUAGUGUCUGAAACUUUAUUUUGGGGAAAAGCUUUUUGUGGUAUGAAAAUUAAAGUCAGUUAAACACGCUGUUAGAAUUUGAAGCUACCCAGACUUUCAGCCACUAACGCAGGCACAAUCAGCUGUCUAUGUCCUGUUAAUGGGGACUUUGGCAUGACUGUCCUAUCCUCUCCUGCUUUCCGUGAUCAUCUUCACUGCUGAAUGAGCUCUGUUAGUAUAUACCGACAUGGGGAGGUAUUUCUACAGUGAGGUGGACAUUAAGAGCCCAUGGCAUCAGGUGCUGGCUGCCUUCUGGCAGCGCUACCCAAACCCAUACAGCACCCAUGUACUCACGGAAGAUGUCCUGUACCGCGAGGUCACCUCCAGCAACCACCUGCUGUCCAGGCGACUGCUGACGAAGACCAACCGCCUGCCGGGCUGGGCAGAGCGGGUCUUCCCCAUGCACAUGGCUCGGGCGGUCUACGUCCUGGAAGACUCUAUCGUGGACCCACAGGCCCACACGCUUAUCACCAAGACCUGGAACCUGAACCACAACACGCUGAUGACUGUUGUGGAGCGGUGUCUGUUUGAAGAGGACCAUGGUCGGCCAUCUUGGACCAAACUGAGGAGGGAGGCCUGGAUCUCCUCAGCUGUAUAUGGACUGGGUCGGCCCAUACAGGAAUUCGGUCUUGCCAGGUUUAAAAGUAACCAAGCUAAAGCCAUGAGAGGGCUGGAAUACUCUCUCUCCAAGCUACAGACUAAUGACCAGGGAGAGUCAUCGGAGAAGCAGAAGCCCCUCCCACCACAAGCCACGCCCACCCCCAACCCGAAACCCAAACAGUUUGUCUGAACCUCAGUAGGAACAUAAAGCCCACGAUGGCUCGUCUGAACAGCAGCACUAAAACGGUGGGGCAUUCACUCAUCCUCAGCUCUGAUUGGUGACUCAUUAGCUGAUGCUGAUUACUUUUCAUAGUCACCAAUCAGAGCAAUGAACUACAAUAAUUCCCAGGAUUCUUUGGGACUGAUUUAAUCAUCGUAGUAAAGUUUUAGUAAAUUAAAUUUUUAUUUUUUGAAGUUAGCGGUUUGUAAAUUGUCAGUUAUGUAAUGUAAACAGGAUAUUAAGAAGUUAAUAAUUUAAGUUUAUGUUGACUUUUCUUAUCUUUAUUUUUAUAUUUUUAUAUGGAAAUAGUUUUUUAUCUUAUUUUGUAGAAUUCUGUGAAUGAUUAUUUUCAUCUUGGAUUUCUUUGGGACCUCCUACAGUAAAUGUUUUAAGAGAUUUUCUAUCAAUAGGAACGGGUUUACAUCAGAUUCAGGUAGUUUAGAAUCAGACUGUUGUAGAAAUGCAUGUUUUAUACUAUUCAUAUGUCAGUUUAGGUAGAUGUUUGUUUUCUGGUGGUAAGCUUCUGAUCUUAAAAUUCCAAUAGAUUUAUGUUCUGGAUAAUUGGCCAACCUAUUGAGACCAAGGGGCAGGAUCAGAGUUGAGUUUUGUUUUGUCUCAUGCUAAAGAAGAUGUUGUGUUUUAGAUGUAGGCUUAUCCAUUUUGGCUUUCCCAUUUUUCCAUUUGGUAGCUCGAAAAAGAAAUAUUCUGUAAAAAGGGCUGGACCUUAAGCCUAGAUGGUUUGUCAGUAACCUGGUGUAUGUAAUGAAGUUAAUAUUGCAGCAUGCCAAGCUGCAUUAUGCAAAAUCAACCUCUGGGGCUAAAAAAAUAAGCUAAUGGUAAAGCACUGAACACUGCAGUUUCUCUAAUAUACACUUUAGACUAGUUCCAAAAGUGAGUUGGUUCCCACAGAUGCAAAAUGUCAAACUUCACAAUAGAAAUAAAGAUAUUUACA